ACGCAAAAAAGCUUCUUCUUAACUGAUGUGAGAAAUUUGAAAACAGUUUCGAAAUAAACGCUUGCAUGGCCGCAACGAGAAAUAUAAAACACGGAAGGAUUUCUAACAAAAAAAUUAUUUAAUUUGGCAAGAAAUAUAGUAAAUUGUGAUAUACUCGUAAAAAACAAAGUCUUUUAAGAAAAUUGUAGUUAAAUUUAAACAGAAAUUUAAAUUCAGCAAAAUUUAAUUAGCACAUCAAAGUGAAAAAAUAAAAUAUUUCAAAAAAAAAGUAAAACUUAUAAAUAAAACAAAAUGAAUUUAUAUAUAAGUUUAGCGGUAAUUGUUGUAGCGUGUAUUAUAACCCCCGUUUUGCCAUACAGCUGGCAACAACAGCAACAAGUGGAAAAUAAAGCCACCUAUUGCCGUGGUCCUGAUACACGAGAAGGCAGCUGUCUACCCAUCAAAGAUUGCCAACCUUUAAUCGCCGAGCUGCAAAUCAAACAAACCGAUGAAAGAUUUGUCAGAUUCUUAAGAGCUUCACAUUCAAUUUGCGGCGGUGGAUCCACAAAUAUCUGUUGUCCCAGCACAAAUUCUCAGCCACUAACCAGAACUAAAGCACCUUUAAUUAGAAACUCAAAUGAAAUUCCCAGACGUUUACCCAUGGUCGAGGAGGGCUGUGGUUUCACUGAUAAUACCUAUAAGAAAUUCGUGUUCGGUGAAGUGAAUAAGGUAGGAGCUUGGCCUUGGAUUGCUUUGAUCGGUUACGAUUAUGAAUUGUCGGCAUCGCCGUUUAAAUGUGGUGGCGCCUUAAUAACAGCCAGACAUGUCAUUACCGCCGCUCAUUGUUUGAGAAGUGAUUUAUCUUUUGUGCGUUUGGGUGAACAUGAUUUAACCACCGAUUUAGAGGCUCGCCAUGUGGACAUCAAAGUAGUUAGGAGUGAAAAACAUCCUGAUUAUAAUACCAGUAAUGGUCACAGUGAUAUUGCGAUUUUGUAUUUGGAACGCAAUGUGGAAUUUACAGAAUUCAUUUCUCCCAUUUGCAUGCCCACUACACCGGAUUUAAGACAAAAAUCCUAUCUAAGCUAUACGCCAUUCGUUAUUGGUUGGGGCAAGAAUAUGGAGGGUGGCAAGUCCGAGAAUGUGCUGCAAGAAAUACAGGUUCCCAUUUAUGAGAACCAAGUAUGUCGAGACCGUUACAAACAACCAAACAGACUCUUACCUGAUAAUCAAUUCGAUAAGGCAGUAUUGUGUGCCGGUGUGCUAUCAGGUGGCGAGGAUACCUGUCAAGGGGAUUCUGGUGGCCCUCUCAUGAUACCAGAGAAAUAUGGCAACAGUGUGCGUUUCUAUUUGAUUGGUGUGGUGUCGUAUGGUAUUGGUUGUGCCCGUCCCGAAAUACCCGGUGUCUAUUCGAGUACACGAUAUUUUAUGGAUUGGAUUAUUCAAAAAGUGGCCGAUACUCAUUAAUUUCUAGCAGCCAUUUAUAUUUUAAGAAAUAUUUUUGUAAAUGCGUGUUUUUUAUUAAAAAUUUUAAGUCAAUAAUAGAAGUGAUAGAUUAUUUAUACAGAGUUAUGUUUUUUAAUUUUGUUUUCGUUUUUUUUUCAAAUAAACUAUUUAACACUAUUUA